AUGCGGAUGCCCCCUCCUACCACCAAGGAAGAUGUGACAAUGGCCACACUGAUGGGCUCGCUCCCAAAUGCCCAGCAGAGCUGUCUUCAGAUGCUUUUCGUGAGGCAAGUGCACCGGCAGAAGCCAAACAUGGUACUCCUGGGGCAUCACACAGAAGAAUAUUUCUCAGGCUCUGAGCCCAAGGCUGUUUUAAGACAAUUUCAAGCAGAUCUGGACCACCUGGAAAGGGAGAUAGUGGCCCGGAAUGAGCAGCUAGACCUUCCCUAUGAAUACCUGAAGCCCAGCUGCAUAGAGCUUAACAGUGAUGCUUUCUGA